AUGACAAUUGGGAACCAAAGUAAAGUUGUCCGUCGACUCUGUCUACAAGGUGUCAAAGAAGAAAGUUCAACAGUACUGGCAGAAGGUCUCGUGUUGUCCCAUGUCCGAUCACUUAUUGUGGUUAGAGGUUCAAUGGAAAUCCCUUCUUUGGAGGAGUUCAGACAUCUGCGUGUUCUUGACUUGAUGGAUUGCUCCGAAUUGAAAGAUCGUCAUCUUGAAAAUAUAGUGAGGUUGUUCCAGCUGAGGUACCUGAAUCUCAAAGGUACAGAAAUAAGCAAGCUCCCAGAACAAAUUGGUUGUUUAGGAUGCUUAGAAGUGCUGGACGUAAGAGGGACUUCUCUAAAGGAAUUGCCUGCGUCUAUUGUUAAUCUCAGAAAAUUGUUGCAUCUACUUGUUAGUCAUGCUGUGAAAUUUCCUGAUGGGAUUGCGAAGAUGCAAGCACUGGAAACGUUGGAAGAUGUGAGGAUCUCUGUUCAGCCAUUUGACUUCCUAUGUGGCCUUGGUCAACUAAUGAAUUUGAGGAAUCUGCGGCUUAUCAUUGAUUUCAGAGUUGAAUCUGACACUGAGGAUACAAAUGCGCUUCGGGAGGACCGCAACAAAGCUAUCGUCUCCUCCCUGUGUAAGCUAGGCACCCAGAAUCUGCGCUCCCUGACUAUUUGGCUUCAGCGCAACCUCUUACAUGGGGAAUCUUUGUGCCUGCCUACCCUUGAGGACCUUUCUUUCUAUUUGUCGGCCUUCCCACAGGUUCCAGCAUGGAUGGGCUCCCUCAGAAACCUCCAACGGCUACGCCUUGCUGUGGAGAGGCUCAAGCAGGACGACCUCUGCACCCUUGGGGCUUUACCCAGUCUGCUCUUUCUGGAUCUGAAUCAAACAGAGUCAAACAGAAAGCUCAGAUUUAGUGAUGAAGUUGGGUUCCGAUUCUUGAAUACUUUUAUUUAUCACGGAUAUCUUAAACCAGUAGAUCUGAUGUUUGGGACAGGGUCCAUGCCGAAGCUUGAAAAACUAGAGCUUCAUGAGUUUCGCAUGGUUGAAGCUAACUCUCUUGGCUUUGGAAUUGAGAACCUCCCCUGCCUCACUAGUGUCAAAUGCAUUGGUGUUAAGGGUGAUGAUGACAUAGUUGAAGCCGUGAAGACUGUCAUGGAGAGAGGAGUCAGCACACAUCCCAACCACCCUAGUCUACUCUUUCAGAAAUUGCUACUUUGA